GGCACAUACCCAUUCCACGAAAUACCAGACACUUCGACGGGACUCCUGUAUCAUCAUGGAUAUCAUAACGCGUAUAUAAGUGUUGGUCAGAGUCGCCCAGACCUCAUCCAAGCUCAACCAACAAUCCUCAUAGUCACGCCUUCUCUCAACAUCAAUCACAUCUUCGCUUAAUCAUGUCUCUUUCGCUCAUGUUCUGCGACCCAUCCACUGAGUUUGAAAGGCUAUUCGACGAUGCUUUCGACGCCCGUUUCCGUCCCUCGCCUGCUAAGGGCAAUAAUACCUUGACUCGCCGUUCUAAUGAAAUGUUGCCCAAGAUGGACCUACACGAGAACGCUGAGACCAAGACAGUAACCGCAACAUUCGAGCUCCCCGGUCUCAAACCCCAAGAUGUCAAUGUUGACGUCCAUGGGAACCGCCUGAUCAUAUCCGGGGAGUCGAAGCGCUCGGAGAACUAUGACAAGGGCGGCUAUGCGGUGCAGGAACGCUCGCAUGGCAAGUUCUCCAGGACCCUUCUGCUCCCUCAGGGAAUCAAGGCUGAGGAUAUCCAUGCGAAGAUGGAGAAUGGAGUGCUCACGGUGAGCUUCCCGAAUGCUGGACCAGACCAGCAACCCCAGCGGGUUGAGAUCGCGUGAAGACGCCGCACUAUCUGCCUGCUCCAACCCAUAAUGGCCUCAAAUCUGUAUCAUUAGCACCAUUUGAAGGUGGAAUAAGGAAUCUUGGCGCGUUUGUACAAUAGUUGAUACUCUACCUGUGUUUUUUUUUUUCGAAUCGAAGU